CUCUCUCUCCUCACAAACACUACGUUUAAGCCUCAAGCUUCAUGCCACUACAACUAUAUAUAUAUAACCCAUUAACACUAACUACAAAACCAAACAACCCCCUCCAACUUCUCUCAUUCUUUUUUUCUUUCUCUUAAAUUAACUACAAAACCAACAACCCUCCUCCAACUUCACUCAUAUUUUUUCUUUCUCUUAAACUUUUUUAAGGAAAAAAAAAAUCUAAAUCCUUUUAAAACCCUAUUAAUACUAAACAUCAUAUAACAUUCAUUGUUCAUCAAGAACUAUCUUUGUGGUCGUGUUUGUUCAAUAAUGCUACAAAAUUCCUCCAUGUCUUCCCUCCUCCUCCACCGGAUCAACGGUGGCGGUGGUGCAACCACGGCCACCAACUGUCACGACACCGUCUUUAUGACGGUGCCGGAUGGCGUAGCGCGCUACCACACCCACGCGGUAGCGCCGAACCAGUGCUGCUCCUCGGUAGCGCAGGAGAUCGGGGCCUCGGUCGCCACCGUGUGGUCAGUGUUGCGCCGCUUCGACAACCCGCAGGCCUACAAGCACUUCGUGAAGAGCUGCCAUGUCAUCGGCGGGGACGGCGACGUCGGCACGCUCCGGGAGGUUCACGUCAUCUCCGGCCUGCCCGCUGCCAGGAGCACCGAGCGCCUCGAGAUCCUCGACGACGAGCGCCACGUCAUCAGCUUCAGCGUCGUGGGCGGGGACCACCGCCUCGCCAACUACCGCUCCGUCACCACCCUCCACCCCACCGCUUCCUCCGCCUCCGGAGGAUGCUCCGGCACGGUGGUCGUGGAGUCCUACGUGGUGGACGUGCCUCCCGGGAACACGCGCGAAGACACGCGCGUGUUCGUCGACACUAUCGUGAAGUGCAACCUUCAGUCGCUCGCGCAAACCGCAGAGAACUUAACGCUGCGAAAGAACAACAACAACGAUUACAAGUGCUGUUCUUAAUUUUCCUCUUCUUUUUACUAUUUUUUGAUUUACAGUGUUAUUAUAUCGAUAUAUAUAUAUGUGUGUGGGGGGGGAGGGGGGUGAUUGUUAUAAUUAAGUGUUGUAGAUAUCGAUAUAAUACAAUCUUAAUUUUACAGUGUAUAUUAUGGAUAAUUACUGGAUUGUUGAUUGUAUUAGUUGGUUUUGUAGCCA